GGUUUGGUUAUGUAAGGCUAAGUGAUAGCCAGAGUUGAGAUGACUUCUGUUUGUGUUUUGUAAGUGUUCAUCAAAACUGUUAUAAUUGGUCUGGUGCAGUAAGCUAUAUUAUCAGACCAUAAUAAUAAUUAGUUUGACCGAUCGUUAUCUUUAUUAUGCAUUCUGAUUUAUCGCCUCAUCUACACACUGAGGAAUGUAAUUUGUUGAUAGCAAAACUUAAGACAUGCCAUCAGCUCAAUCCUGUGAUGAAGUUUUUUGGUUCAUGCAAUGAUGAUGAUUUGCGAAUGAGAAAAUGUUUGCGUGCAGAGAGAAUCGUAAGACAGCGAAAUAACUUACAAAAAUCAUCACAACAACGUCAGACACUGAAAGAACGAGUGGUUAGCAAUCCUAUUGAGUUGUAAGAUGGAGGGUGUACCCCCAAUAGAGGAUAGUUAUGACAAGAGUCUGGAGCAGCAGAGCCUGGCGGAGCGCUACUACACGCCGCGGUACUGUGUGGACGCAGAGCAGUCACACAGGGAAGACUUCUGCGUACUGUUCCACUCCAACCGGAUCUGCGUGCUCACGCUAGCCCCUUCUCACCCACUCCUGACGGAGAGCAAGAGAGUGGACAAGAUCUCGUACGACGUGUCACCCAACGUGGAUCGGCUCACCAACACGGUGUCGGGGAAAGGCAAGCGUGGCGCGCAGGUGCUCACGCCCUCUUCUGUCAUCUUCUUUGUGGAGUGCACGGACGGUAGUAGGUAUGCGAUCCGCAGCUGUGUGCCCGGGAAACUAGUGGAAGUGAACGAACAGUUGAUAGAGAACCCUAACCUUCUGAUAGAGAGGCCCGCCGACAAGGGCUACUUGGCCAUCAUACUACCCCCGAUACCAGCCAGCACACGCUACAAGGAGGAGCUCCUCACGCCUCAGCAGUACCACGAUCAUAUCAAGCAGAGUAGCAACAGUUAGUAGGUUUGUUGGUGUACAAUAAAGCACAAUUAUCACAACCAA